GCUGGUCCAAUCAACUGUCUAACUGACUUUUCAAGGUACUGAUUUGAAAUAAGGCAACAGGGGUGGAGCUGAUUGUUCCAAGAUGGUGUUCUCAAUAAAGAUGAACUGAAAUUCUCUGUGACACCUGUAGUCAGACCACAUUGUCCAAACAGCUGACUGGCUUCUUCAGCUACAAUCAUCCCAAGAGGAUCAAAGAAGCUUGCUAGUAACUGAACUGAUGUUGCUGGCUUCCAGACGUUCUAAAAGCACCAGCCAGAGCAUUUUAAAGAAGCUUUAGUCAUUUACUGACUGACUUUCAGCUCUUUCUAAGGAAACAUUCUUCUGCUGCUUGGCCCUUUCCUUGUUGGGGAAAAAAAGCCACAAACACACGGAUAUCUUAAAACUACAUAGUCAUCGGUGGCAACAUAGAACAGUUAUUCACUUGAAAGAAAAAGAGAAGAGCCAACUUGGAGGCAAUGGACAACAAGGAGCAGGCUGCAGAGAUCCUGUUGUCCCUAACACCGCUGGAGGUUGGUGGGCUUAAAGAAGGAAUCAAUUUUUUUCGGAAUAAGAGCAGUGGCAAAAACUACAUCUUAUAUAAAGAUAAAAACCACCUUCGGGCAUGCAAGAACAUGUGCAAACACCAAGGAGGAUUGUUUAUAAAAGACAUCGAAGAUUUAGUUGGAAGGUCUGUUCGUUGCACAAAGCACAAUUGGAAGCUGGAUGUGAGCACCAUGAAGUACAUCAACCCACCAGGCAGUUUCUGUCAAGAUGAACUGGUCAUUGAAAUGGAUGAAAAUAAUGGACUUUUGCUAAUAGAACUGAAUCCUCCUAACCCUUGGGAUGCAGACCCUCAUCCUCCUGAAGACUUAGCUUUUGGAGAGGUGCAGAUAACAUACCUCACCCAUGCCUGCAUGGAUCUCAAAUUAGGAGAUAAGAAAAUGAUAUUUGACCCUUGGUUAACUGGUCCUGCCUUUGCUAGAGGAUGGUGGCUGCUUCACGAGCCUCCCUCGGAUUGGCUAGAGAGGCUGUGCCAAGCAGAUCUCAUUUACAUCAGUCACAUGCACUCUGAUCACUUGAGCUAUCCUACUCUGAAGAAGCUUGCUGAUAGAAGACCAAACAUUCCUAUUUAUGUUGGAAACACAGAAAGACCUGUGUUUUGGAACCUGAAGCAGAGUGGCGUACCGUUGACCAACAUUCACGUGGUACCAUUUGGAACUUGGCAGAAGGUAGAUCAGAAUCUUCGAUUCAUGAUCUUAAUGGAUGGUGUUCACCCUGAAAUGGACACUUGCAUCAUUGUGGAGUAUAAGGGUCAUAAAAUCCUCAAUACAGUGGACUGUACCCGACCUAAUGGGGGGAGACUUCCUGAGAAGGUUGAUCUGAUGAUGAGUGAUUUUGCUGGAGGAGCAUCUGGCUUUCCAAUGACAUUCAGUGGUGGAAAGUUUACUGAGGAGUGGAAGGCCCAGUUCAUUAAAACAGAGAGGAAGAAACUCCUGAACUAUAAGGCCCAGCUGGUGAAGGACCUACAACCUAGAAUUUAUUGUCCUUUUGCUGGAUAUUUUGUGGAGUCCCACCCAUCAGACAAGUACAUUAAGGAAACAAAUACCAAAAAUGACCCAAAUGAACUCAACAACCUCAUUAAAAAAAUCUCUAAUGUUUCUACAUGGACCCCUCAGCCUGGUGCUGUACUAGACCUGGGGAGAAUGCUGAAGGAUCCUACAGACAGCAAGAGCAUCAUAAACCCUCCAUCUGGGACUAAGAUUUAUAAAGAUUCUUGGGACUUUGAAUCGUACUUGAAAACACUGAAUGAUGCUAUAGAAGAUGAAAUAUUUCUUCGCUCAUCCUGGAUAAAAGAGUACUUCACUUGGGCUGGAUUUAAGAAUUACAACCUUGUGAUCAGGAUGAUUGAGACGGAUGAGGAUUUCAACACUUUGCCUACAGGAUACAACUAUCUGGUUGAUUUUCUAGAUUUAUCCUUUCCAGCAGAAAGACCAAGCCGGGAUCACCCAUAUGAAGAAAUAAGGAGCCGGGUUGGUGUUAUCAGGCAUGUGGUGAAGCAUGGGUUGCUCUGGGAUGACUUAUAUAUAGGAUUCCAAACCCGACUCCAGCGUGAUCCUGACAUUUAUCAUCAUCUGUUUUGGAAUCAUUUUCAAAUAAAACUUCCCUUAACACCACCAAACUGGAAGUCCUUUUUGAUGCAACAAGUAUAGACUACUACGUAGAAUCUCAAGCAAUAUGAAAUGUGAAGAAUUUAUUGACAUUACCUCCUGAAGAGCAGGCUACAAGAUAACACUAGUCUCAUUAUGAAGCAAUUAAUAUUAUUAGCAGUUGAUUGUCAUACUUUAUAAUUUAUAUGAUCUUUUUCCUUUUGAGACACAUUUUCUUACAUACAUACUGAUACAGCUGACAUUAACAAAUCCAAUGCUUCACCAAAAUGUCAGUCUCAAUAAUUUCUUGGUUAUCCAAUCCAAAAUACUCUGUUCAAAUAUUCAUAAACCAGAAAGAGAAACAAUGCCUAUUGAAAACAAUUACAUAAAUUAUUAAAAAACAA